AUUAUGAAGGAGCUUCACGAACUAAAAUCUGUGGAGACAUACAAUCAAUCUUUAAACGCAUUUGAAAAGGACAUACGAAAUAGUUACGUGAAUAAGUUUAUGGUUACUGGCAGAGUAAGUACAUGUAAUAGACUGCAUGUCUGUCUUAGCUUGUAGAUAAAAGCUAUAUGCUAAUUUUGCUAGUUCCGCAGUAAGUAUUACAGUAAAUAUCACAGAUAUUUAUCUUAGUUUUACACAGAGGCGAGUAGAGUUCUAAAAAACUGUAAUCAAGUAACAGUUUUAAUCUGCUUAUAUUGUUCAUAAGUUAGAUUGGUACGAGGCCAGAGCGAGUUCUAAGCUUUAGCUUGUUUACUGUUGUCAUAGCAACUCCAUAGCAACCGCCUGCUAAGGUGGCGGUCGGUUACAAAGUUAACGGAAGAGUGACGUCAAGUGAAAUGGUGUGGGGAUUUUUCUAACAUUAGCGGAAUAUGCAGAAAGAUGUGUGUAAAAAUAAUUAAUGUAAAGAUGCAGCUGUAGAGUGACUACAGCACAGAGUAACUAAACUUAUUCUAAUAAAAAGAGCGAUUAAAAACUCCUGGAUACAUCGAGAACAGAUCACCUGAGCAAGAAGGAGCAAGAAGGAGAAGCAGAAGUAGAAGAAGAAGAUUGUUCACCUGUCCUGCCACUGAGGGUUCUAAUGAAAGGUGCUUAAAGAAGCAUGAAAAUACCAUUCAAUCUGCUGCUGCUGCAGAGGAGCAGCUCGCAUCAUUUCACCAAUCAAUGCAGCCAGGCUGUGUGUCCGUGGGUUCCGCGGCAGCCGGAGUGGAGAAGCGGUUGCAGAAACUCAGUCUGCAACUGAACACACCUGCGAUGCUCCUGGAUGCUCCUGUCCGCGCUCUCCUCCUUCUGAGCGGGGAAACUCUCCGAUGUGAGCUCGUCUGUGCGUAAAAGUGUCCGGCUCCGUCAUGGCCUAUCCUCAGGGGUUCCUCUUCCAGCCCUCCGUGUCCCUGGCUCUGCCCUUCAGCUCCGGGAUCAUCCUGGGUCAGAGGACCGAGGGCUCAGCCUUCGCUCCGUACUCCUCAUCCGCGACCUCCUCCCCCGGAUUCAGCUCCCACUCGCCGUACGGAGGAGAGCCGCGGGCCGCCGCCACCAUCAGCUCUUUCAUGAACCCGGGCUACGAUCCAUCCUCGGGCGUCUCCGGAUCCUUGGACUACCAUGCCUUCGGGCCUCUGGGGGCCUACCCGUACGGAGACCCAACCUACAGGAAGAACGCCACGCGGGACGCCACGGCCACGCUCAAGGCCUGGCUGAACGAGCAUCGGAAGAACCCGUACCCCACCAAGGGGGAGAAGAUCAUGCUGGCCAUCAUCACCAAGAUGACGCUGACGCAGGUCUCCACCUGGUUCGCCAACGCUCGGCGGCGGCUGAAGAAGGAGAACAAGAUGACGUGGACGCCGCGGAACCGGAGCGAGGAUGAGGAAGAGGAGGACGCCAUCGACCUGGAGCGCACUGAGGAAGACGACGAGCCACUGAAGCUGACCGAGGAGGAGACGGAGCUGCGGAGCGACAGCGGCGUCCAUCACCCCUCCGCCUCAGAUUCCAGCCGGUUGGCGUUCCGGGAGGACCCCGGCAUCGACCGGGCCCCUUUGGACCAGAGGUUGCCCCAUGUUGCGCCCCCUCCUCACAGCGGGCCCCUGGAGGCCCUCAGAGCCUCUGGAUCUGAGCGUAUGUCAUCACCGAGCUCCUUGGAUUCUUGCAGCGCCACUCAGGGGCCGAACCCGGCCCCAAAGCCCAAACUGUGGUCCCUGGCAGAAAUCGCCACGUCUGUGGACAAAAAAACAGGAAGUAGUGACUCGCCGCAGAGCAGGGGGCGGAGCUCUCUGAGUCACGGCCCCGCCCUGCCGAGGCACCUGUACUACGCCUCCCCGUUCAUCCCUGGAUACUCCAGCUUCAGGCCGCUGGGGCCCCUGCAGGGCGGCCCCGGCUCACACAUUAACGGAUUACAGCAGAAGAUGCUGCAGCGGGCCGAGGCCGCAGCCAGGGACUGCCGACUGCGCAGCCAGAGCCAGACAGAGCUGCAGGAGCUAAAGAGAGGCAUGACGAACGUGUAGCUGCUCAGAGAAUCCUGCUGAACUUUGACCCCGAGACAGUUUCACAGCUUUUCUAUGUUGAUCAGAUGUAACCUUUGUAGUGCGUUUCUGCACCCAACAUGACAUUUCAUUGAUUAAAAAAUAGUUUUAUUAAGAUGAAAGUGAGCGCCUGCGU